AUGGCGGGGACCCUGCGGGCUACGGCGUGGCCUACGAAGGCAGCGACUGCGAGCAGCAGCGCCGCAGCCGCUGCACAGAAGGUCAAGGCUGAGCUGUCGCCACAGUGCAGCAUCUCUGAAAGCGGCGAGUGCAGCGCCUACAGCUUCCCUUCCUCGUUCUCAGAGGACAUGGUCCGCCUCGUAGACGCUUCUCCUGAGAAGAACACUUUUCUGUUUCGCUCUCCGAUGCCCCUCGCAGCUGGCGGCG